GACGACAAGACAGUGGCCUGGUCCUACGAGAACUUGAAGCGCAUGACCGGUUGCUUGGUCUGUGUGACCGCAAUCGAGAAAGGAAUGAGCAAGACGUGGGAAGAAGGUUCGCUUCUUUACCUGGCAAAGACAGACCCCACCUUCAACAAUGAGGUGGAUCUUUGCGCCAAGGCUUACGAGAAGUUAGACCCGGAAUCCUUGCCGAGGUUUGCUGUGCCAGAACAGGUUGAAGCAGUCCAAGAGCUUGGCUCCGUGUCGUAUGUGGAGUUUGCGUUCCUUUCGGAAAGCCAAGUGAUGGCCCUAACCGGGUGCACGCCAGUGCAGCUUCAGUUGGAGCUCUACAAUCGCCUUGCAGAAGACGGG